AGCUAAGGAUAGUUCUAAUUUUGCAGACAUAUAUCGUGUACAAAUAAAACAAAAAGGAGUACAAUAAUGCUAGUAUUAUUUGGCCUCCUAGCGGCCGCCCAUGUUACCAUGGCAACGACAAAAGUUACUGGGACUCACUGGAUAGUGUUUCCAGAUAAGUAUACCCCUGGGGCAUCUCUUCCGCUAACUUUUAAUUUCUAUAACACUUCCGGUGUUGAUAUUUUGGUUCAAGUGGAUCUCAUACGUGACGAUCACCAUCGCGUGGCAACAGUUAGGCAUACAUUCCAGGGAGCAAAAUCUGAAAUAAUUCAACUACAGGUACCAAGCACUGGUGAUGAUCCGUAUACAUACACCGUGCUCAUCAACGGGUUAAGUGGGGUGUAUUUUCAAGAGCACGGGCUUAUCCACUAUGAUUCCGGAUCUAUGCCUGAAAAAUUUGCAAUUCACAUACAGACGGACAAAGGCAUUUAUAAACCUGGGCAGACGGUUCGUUUCCGAACGUUCGGGAUAUCCUCGGACAUGAUGGUAUACAGUGGUGAUUUUAAUAUUACUAUAAGCGAUCCUAAAGGGAACAUGAUGAAAAAGAUGACAAAUGUAUCGGAAUCACAAUGGGGAGUUGUUGAAGACUUCCUCGUCAUGGACACAGAACCAGUUCUAGGAAAAUGGAAAAUUUCAGUCUGGACAAACAAACAUGCGAGUGCACUUGAAGAAAAGUUUUUCACCGUCGACAAAUAUGUGCUACCGAAGUUCGAAGUGAGCGUAGAGUUACCUCCCUUUGUCGUAACCAGGGACAAGGAAAUGCACGGCACUGUUAAAGCAAAAUACACAUAUGGUAAGCCUGUAAUAGGCACAGUAAAGUUAUAUGCUGACAUUGACUACAGCAAUACGCCAUGGAAAUAUCAUGGAGAUGAAGUCAUGGUUGAGGCUGCUUUUGAUAUCAAUGGAGAAGCCAAAUUUACAGUGCCUUUUAGCAGAAUUACAAACGAGGUUGACCCGAAUUCGUUCCAGCCACUUGUAGAAAAACUUGCAGGCUAUCAUCUUCUUAUUAAAGCCUCAGUAACUGAGAGCAUCAACAAUAUAACUAGAAAUGCUUCAUCACAGGUUGUGUUUUAUCAGGAACCGUACAAGAUAAAUUUUGACCACUCAUCCAGCAUGUCAUUCUUCAAACCAGGGCUUCCCUAUGUCGGACACGUUUCACUGACACAAGCAAAUGGUAAUCCAAUCAUUUCAAGCACUGAAGAUGUUCGACUUGUGAGCUAUGUGAAAUUCUAUGACGAAACAUCGCACAGGUACCGAGCCCAGUACCUUACAGAACAGAAAUACUCUCCUCCUUCAACUGGUACGCUUGAAGUGUUCGUAGAUCCACCAGUUAAUGCAACUUCUCUCCAUUUAGAAAUAUUUUACCAAGGCCUAUCCGACACCCUGAAUGUUAACAAACCAUACUGGUUACUAGAUGAGGGAAACAUACAAGUGUCCCAAAACUCCAGCAACAUCGUGGUAGGACAGGACGCUUAUUUCAACGUGAAACGGUCAGAUGGUAUCAGCCAUAUUCCAAUAUUUUACGCUGUUAUCGCUAACGAUCGUAUGGUUCACAACGGCUAUCUGUUCGAUAAUGGAUCCAGUACGCUGCAUAUCACGUUCUCUGUGUCAGAUAUAAUGAAGCCCUACGGAAAACUGAUUGCCUAUUAUUUCGACACGGACUUUUGGAAUGCUGACGCUAUUUAUUUCGACGUUAAAGAAGAUGCUAAUAAAUUCAAAAACAAGGUUGCUUUGUCAUUUGACAAAAAUCAAGCAGAACCAGGGGAGAAUGUAAGGUUGUCCAUCACAAGUGAUCCCCAAUCGAUGGUUAACCUUCUUGCGGUUGACCAGAGCGUGCUGUUACUAGCUUCCGGAAAUGACGUCACACAAGCGGAUGUUAUUUCUUCGUUGAAAUUAAAGUCUCACUCGUCAUCAGAUUCGAGUGAACUCCAUGACCCGAAACGAGUUCUCAAGACAAGCGGUAUGCAGCUGCUGACUGAUGUAUCUACAUUUAGUUGGGCUCACCCGUAUUACAAGCGUCAGAUCGACUGUAAUCCAGGAGCGACAUACGCGCCUGGAAUGUACCCGACAUACGUGCCUGGAAUGGUCCCCACACCUGCACCCGGUAUGACCUAUGCACCAGGAAAGGUCCCAACAGGGGGCGGUGGUAGCCAACUUCAACAGGUCACUCAUACUAGAGAUUUCUUCCCUGAAACAUGGCUAUGGACAAACAUCACCGUUGGUGCCAGUGGCAAUGCUGUCCUCACGACCACUGUACCAGAUACAAUAACCUCUUGGUAUACCACGGCCUUUUCUGUCAACAAACAAUCUGGGUUGGGAGUAACUGAUGGACCUAGCAAGUUUGUUACCUUCCGUCCGUUUUUCAUCAACUUGAACCUUCCCUACUCCAUUGUCAGAGGUGAACAGGUUGUGCUACAAGCCAACGUUUUUAACUACAUGGGACAAGAUCUUGACGUUGUUGUGACACUGGAACAAUCUAGCGACUUUAAAGUGAUACUAAAUGACUCCAACGGACAUGUAACUUUUGUUGCCAAAGAAGUUGUUAAAAAUAUACAUAUUGUAGCCGGCCAGGCGGAAUCAGUGUUUAUACCUAUAGUCGCGGACAUCGUUGGCGUUGCUACCAUCACAGUUAAGGCACAAACACCAUUCUCUGCUGAUAGAGUGAAGCGAGAACUGAUUGUGGAAGCUGAAGGAACACCAAUGCAUUUCAACGUUCCAUUGAUUCUCAACAAGGACACCUCAGUAGAUGUUCCUCUAAGUUUCCCGCCAACUUUUGUAACAGAUUCCCAAAAGAUUCAAGUGUCAGCAAUAGGCGAUACAAUGGGUCCCACCAUAAAGAACCUAAAAAGUUUACUAAGAAUGCCAACCGGAUGUGGAGAGCAGACGAUGACCAGUCUGGCACCGGAUGUUUUCGUCUACAAUUAUCUACGAAAAACAAACAAGUUGAAACAAGAUAUUGCAGAAAUGGCCCUAGACUACAUGUAUAAAGGAUAUCAACGUGAGUUGACCUUCCAAAGAUAUGAUGGUUCUUUUAGUAUUUGGGGUCCCCGUGAUAGUGUAGGAAGCAUGUGGUUGACAGCGUUUGUGUUGAAGUCUUUCCACCAAGCACACGAGCACGUGUAUGUGUCAGAUUACGUUUUAAGUAGAGCAGCACAGUGGAUGCUCAAUUACCAGAACUACGACGGUUCUUUCAGACAAAUUGGAAGCGUACAUAGCUCUUCACUUAGGGGAGGAUCAAGCUCUGGUUAUAGUCUCACAGCGUUCGUGCUGAUCGCCCUUGCCGAAGCCGAGAAUACCAUCCAUAACAGUCCAUACCAUUUGUAUAACUACGCCAAUGGCGUCGUUAAAGCGAGGACGUAUUUAGAGAAUGCGGUCCGCUCAGACACUCUCAACGAUCCGUACGAGUUAUCCAUAGUCAGUUAUGCGCUCAGCAAAUCUGGAAGUAUCCACUCAUAUAAAGCGUGGACGAAACUUGAGAAAAUGGCUGUAAGAACUGGAGAUGGGAAAAUGUUUUGGAACUCGACAAGGCGACACCAGUUCAGUAGCUGGCAGUACAGUUAUUACCAGAGUCCACCAUUAGAGAUUGAGGUUGCAUCGUAUGCGUUAUUAUACCUUAUUGAUAGCAGGCAGCUUCAGACAGGCUUCCCCAUUCUACAAUGGUUAGUAGCUCAACGUAACUCGAGAGGAGGUUUCAGAUCCACACAGGAUACAGUUCUUGGACUGCAAGCUAUGUCGGAAUAUGGAUCAAUAUUCAAAGAUAACCUAGAUCUAACAAUUGACGUGGAGUCUGGUCCCUUUCACAAGAACAUUCAUAUAAACCAGAACGAGGCCAUGGUCCUAAAACUCCUCGACAUUCCUGCAAAUGCACUUGGUCCCCGCAUGAACAACAGUUUCAACCAUCCUCCAGCAGUGUCUUUAACUGGUCACGGAACCGGCUCUGCCUUAGUUCAAGUUUCAGUUACUUUCAAUGUAGAAACAGAAGUAUCCCUGCCAGCGUUUAACAUAACGACAACCAUUUUACGGGAAACACUUCGCUCGAUUGUCCUAAAGACGUGUACAAGAUACCUGCCACAGCGUUUCGUCAACCCUGGCAUGGCCGUUAUAGAGAUAGACCUUCCUUCCGGUUUCUCAGCUGAUUUGGAGAGUCCAGAUACGCACCUUGACAAAGUUAGAAAAUCUGAAAUCAGAGAUGAAAAGACCGUUGUCCUUUACUAUGAUCAGAUCUUACCAAACGUCUAUCCACAAACAUGUGCCACUGUAGAACUGAUCAGAACAGACCUUGUUGCCAAAACUAAACCUGCUGCCAUCCGGGUAUUUGACUACUACGAACCAGAUAACCGCGCGUUGGCAUUCUUCGAGUCCCAGCUUCUGAAAGACUCCUCUUACUGCGAUAUAUGUAGCUCGUGCGGUUGUCCAUAGAUAAAAUGAGCACACGUUUGAAACAACAACAACAACAAUAUCAAUAGAAUCAGAAUAGAAUAAACAGACAUUUGUGUUUAUAUGUACUCUUAAAGAUUAAAUUAUUAAAUUCGCAAAGAAAAAAAGAAACAAA